UUAGAGCCAGGUAUUACAGACAAUGAACAGUGUUUGCGACAAGAUGUAAACAUUACUUACAUUUUGUAGCAACAGAAAACUGUCCAGAUCUAGCUCUAUCUAUAUCUAGAUAGCUCAGAUAGUAGGUUCUAGAGUGGUUACAUGACGUCAUCAGACUGGGACUCAACACGGGGCAGCUAUGAUUCACUUGGCCAGAGAGCCCUGCUCGAGGAGUGGUGAAGACUGGAGGUAUUAUCAGGGCGCCUGCGGGGACGACAGGGAGUCACCGGUCAUGUACGACGCCAAGGAGGCGUGGGAGUACAGCGUUGAGGGGACAUCACUCUAUGAGGACUUCGUAGCAGACGACGUGGAAUUGUUGCAGUUUAACGAGAACAGGAAGGAAUCGUCUGCGCGGAGUGCUACGAGCAAGACCACUUCAGAAGAAGGAAAUGAGUCAUCUGCAACGGAUUUGUUUGAUUUAAGACCAUCUUCCAAAAUCAUUGACAAAGUCUUGUUUAUCUGGCACACUGCUUUAAUGAUGGCUUGCUUGUUUCUGAUACUUAUCGGCAUCCUCCUGCGGUUCCACUUCACUGACAUCGUCACUAACAGCGUUAAGAGCCAUCCUGCCUUCAGUGAAUACGAGAAGUUUGUCAUCUUCAGAGCGCAGCCGAAAGAAUUCAUCUUUGGUGACCUGACCCAGACUUUGGGUAAUGCUUUGAUUGUCUUGAACUCUGUCCAUAUUUUGUGUACCAUGAUGUACAUGAGUUUCCAGAUUCACCAAAACCAGUUCACGCUUCCGUUGGUCAGCCUUGUGUCCGGCACCAUCGUCCUGAUGGAGGUGACGGUGACCAAUAUCUACAUGGACGAGACAUCGGCAGCCAGCAUUGCGGCCAAGAAACAACUGCAGGGCAAGUUGAAGGACGUCUAUCUGGUGGAGGACAGCUCCACGUUCUCGGUGACCUAUGACAUCCUGGCAUUGUGGGGUCAAUGCUGUGGGAUCACAGAGAAAUACAAUUUUGCCGCCAACACAAAUUUGAAAUUUUCGUUAAAAACAGACAGCAGACGUAGAACUAUACAGUACCCUCCUACCUGCUGUAACGUCUCGUUGUUCCUGCUUUCCAAAGGGGCGUUCGAGGCCGUCAAGGAAUGCGCCAUGACUGGGGAGGGAACGUACUCGGAAGGUUGCUACUUUGUCCUGUACAACUGGCUGAACAACUACUGUGGCUUCUACUCCAUCGCAACUCUCCUCCAGCUGUUUGACAUGUUCAUUCACAUUCUUCUGUACCACAAGCUGAUCACCGUGUUUGGGAAGUUCGCUGAGACCAACGCCUCACGCCCCUGAAACAUUUUUAUCUCUCUUUUACCCAAGGCAUCCUGCGAUCUCUCCCUUACAUCAGACAUCCUGCGAGCUCUCCCUUACUUCAGGCAGCCUGCGAACUCUUCCUUACCCAAGAGAUAGUUCUUCCCCUGUGCUUUGAUACUGCCUAUAUUGUUUACCUCAAUUUGAUUUGUAUGUUGUUAUGUAAUUUUAUAGUUUUAUACAAUAUUGUAACUUUUAACACCCCGUCAUCUGUAUCCACCCUCUGAUUAUACUGUGCAUACUCGACAAUAUACUCAAUAUAUAUA